UCCCGCGGGGCGGUGAGACAAAAGCGAGGCGCGGGGGAAGUGCCGCCAGCGCAGCGCAGCGCAGCGCGCCCGGGCCGGGGCGGGCCGAGCUGAGCACACCGCUCCGCACCGCACCGAGGGCCGGGCCGGGAGCCCCGCGGCGGCGGCGGGCAUGGUGCGCGGCGGCGGCCGGCGGCGCGGCCCGCGGGCAGCCUAGGGGCCGCGGCGGGCGGGCGGGCGAUGCGGCGCUGAGGGCGGCGGGGCCGCCGCCGCCGCGAUGCUCCGCCGCAGCCUGAGCCGCCUGUGUGCCGGGGAAGAGAAGCGAGUCGGUACACGCACCGUGGUGGUUGGGCACCGUCCGGUUUCGGAAACGGAUGCGUAUGUCGCGCAGAAGUUCUGCGACAACAGGAUCGUCUCGUCCAAGUACACGGUCUGGAACUUCCUCCCCAAGAACCUCUUUGAACAGUUCAGGAGAAUUGCCAACUUCUACUUCCUCAUUAUCUUCCUGGUGCAGGUCAUAGUGGAUACCCCAACCAGCCCGGUGACCAGUGGACUUCCCCUUUUCUUCGUGAUCACUGUCACAGCUAUCAAGCAGGGAUAUGAGGACUGGCUGAGACACAGAGCUGACAACGAAGUAAACAAAAGUAACGUCUUCAUUGUUGAAAAUGCCAAGCAAGUGCAGAAAGAGAGCGAAAAAAUCAAGGUUGGAGACAUAGUAGAAGUGAAAGCAGAUGAGACCUUCCCCUGUGACUUGAUAUUAUUGGCCUCAAGUAGCGCUGAUGGGACCUGUUACGUCACUACAGCCAGUCUCGAUGGCGAGUCAAAUUUCAAGACUCACUACGCGGUGCGGGAUACCGCCGUGCUCUGUACGGAUGAAGCCAUAGACUCCCUUACUGCCACCAUCGAAUGUGAACAGCCUCAGCCGGACCUCUACAAAUUUGUUGGAAGAAUUAUUAUCUACAGAAGUAAUCAAGAGCCUGUAGCCAGGUCUUUGGGUCCUGAAAACCUGUUGCUGAAAGGUGCUACCCUCAAAAAUACCAAGAAGAUUUAUGGAGUUGCGGUCUAUACUGGAAUGGAAACAAAAAUGGCUUUGAACUACCAAGGGAAAUCUCAGAAACGUUCUGCUGUAGAAAAAUCUAUCAACGCUUUCUUGAUAGUGUAUUUAUGCAUCCUAUUGAGCAAAGCUACGGUGUGCACGACUCUGAAAUAUGUCUGGCAGAGUAAUCCAUUUAAUGAUGAGCCUUGGUACAAUGAAAAGACUAAGAAAGAGAGAGAGACGUUCAAGGUUUUGAGGAUGUUCACGGACUUCUUGUCAUUCAUGGUCCUGUUCAAUUUUAUUAUCCCAGUCUCCAUGUAUGUUACAGUAGAGAUGCAGAAGUUCUUGGGCUCCUUCUUCAUCUCUUGGGAUAAGGAGAUGUACGAUGAGGAGAUAAAAGAAGGCGCGCUGGUGAACACCUCGGACCUGAAUGAAGAGCUCGGGCAGGUGGAGUUCGUGUUCACGGACAAAACUGGGACCUUGACGGAAAACAGCAUGGAGUUCAUCGAGUGCUGCAUAGAUGGACACAAGUACAAAGACUGCAUGUCGGAGGUUGAUGGCUUCUCCCAGACUGAUGGACCCCUGAAAUACUAUGGCAAAGCAGAGAAGUGUCGAGAAGAGCUGUUCCUGCGUGCCUUGUGCCUGUGCCAUACUGUUCGAAUCAAAGAAGGAGACCAGGUGGAUGGAUUGAUAGGACAUCCAGAACACAAAUGUACCUAUAUCUCCUCUUCCCCAGAUGAAAUUGCUUUGGUAAAGGGUGCAAAAAAGUAUGGUUUCACUUUUCUAGGAUUUGAAAAUGAUUUCAUGAAAAUACAAAACCAAAAGAACGAAACUGAAAUGUACCAACUUCUCCAUGUAUUGAGCUUUGAUCCCGUCCGUCGCCGUAUGAGCGUCAUUGUGAGAACCACCACAGGAAAGUUGCUUCUCUUCUGUAAAGGAGCAGACUCCUCUAUUUUUCCAAGAGUGCAACAAGAAGAAAUUCAACAAACUAAAGUCCACGUAGACCGCAAUGCUAUGGAUGGGUAUCGAACCCUUUGCGUGGCGUUCAAAGAGCUAACUCAGAAGGAGUAUGACAAAAUUGACAGGCAACUUAAUGAAGCUAAGAUGGCUCUGCAGGACAGAGAAGAAAAGAUGGCAAAGGUUUUUGAAGACACAGAAGCAGACAUGCACUUGAUUGGGGCAACUGCUGUAGAAGACAGACUGCAGGAACAGUCAGCAGAGACGAUCGAAGCUCUGCAUGCAGCCGGCAUGAAGGUGUGGGUGCUGACGGGAGACAAGAUGGAAACGGCUAAAUCCACCUGCUAUGCCUGCAGGCUCUUCCAGACCAGCACCGAGCUGCUGGAGCUGACGGCAAGGACUGUGGGCGAGAGCGAAAGGAAGGAGGAUCGGCUCCAUGAGCUACUAAUGGAAUAUCAUAAAAAGCUGAUUCAGGACUUUCCCAAAAAUCGGGGGGGCCUGAAGAGAAGCUGGACAUUCAGUCAGGAUUAUGGCCUGAUUAUAGAUGGCUCAACGCUGUCGCUGAUACUCAAUCCUUCUCAGGAUUCCAGUCCUAGUAAUUACAAAAACAUAUUUUUGCAAAUCUGCUUGAAGUGCACUGCAGUCCUGUGCUGUCGGAUGGCUCCUUUGCAGAAAGCACAGAUUGUGCGAAUGGUGAAGAACACAAAAGGGAGCCCAAUAACACUAUCGAUAGGGGAUGGUGCAAACGAUGUUAGUAUGAUUUUGGAAGCGCAUGUUGGAAUAGGUAUAAAAGGCAAAGAAGGACGGCAGGCUUCAAGGAAUAGUGAUUAUGCUGUUCCAAAGUUUAAACACUUAAGAAAAUUGCUACUAGCACAUGGGCAUUUAUAUUAUGUGAGAAUAGCACACCUUGUACAGUAUUUCUUCUAUAAGAACCUUUGCUUCAUAUUACCACAAUUUUUAUACCAGUUCUUCUGUGGAUUCUCACAGCAGCCACUGUACGAUGCUGCUUAUCUUACCAUGUACAACAUCUGCUUCACGUCGCUACCUAUCCUGGCUUACAGCCUCCUGGAGCAGCAUAUCAGCAUUGACACACUGACCUCAGAUCCACAACUGUACAUGAAAGUUUCUGAUAAUGCAAUGUUGCAAUGGAAGCCUUUCUUAUACUGGACCUUUCUGGGCGCCUUUGAAGGACUCGUGUUUUUCUUUGGGGUUUAUUUUCUUUUUCAAAAUUCGUCAUUGGAAGAUAAUGGAAAGGUUUUCGGAAAUUGGACCUUUGGAACUAUAGUUUUCACUGUGUUGGUGUUCACCGUCACGCUGAAGCUAGCAUUAGAUACUCGAUUCUGGACGUGGAUGAACCACUUUGUGAUUUGGGGCUCCCUGGCCUUCUACGUGUUUUUCUCGUUCUUCUGGGGAGGCGUCAUUUGGCCUUUCUUGAAGCAGCAAAGAAUGUAUUUUGUAUUUGCCCAUAUGCUGACUUCUGUUUCCACGUGGCUGGCAAUAAUUCUCCUGAUCUUUAUCAGCCUUUUCCCAGAAAUUCUUCUAAUAGUUUUAAAAAAUAUAAAAAAGAAAAAACAUCAGACUGGCCCCUUUGAUCUGCCUAUGUUAAUGUCAUACAAACGCAUAGAGAAUGGUUAUGUGAAGACUGAAGAUGCUGUUACUAACUUGGCAGAAAGAUAUCCUCUCAGGAUACUUUAAAUGCUCCAUACAAACACUGCAUUUGGUCACGCUGUAGGGAAAAAAACAUGUUUUUAACCUAACAGUUCUCGUUAAAGUUACCAAGAAUUGUAAGCAGCCAUGCUGAUCAAGCAGUAGCCAGGGCACUGGCCACAGUACCCAUCUGUCUUUGGUCUUGUUGCCCCCUCCACGAGAUCUUUUAAAUCAAAAAUCUGUGUAACUGGAGGCUGAGGAAGCAUCUCUGGAAAUUCUUCAAAAAUGGUGUGAACAAAGUGCAAAAGAGAAAGAGAAACAGCGUCCCGUUGAGCACAGCGGCCGCCGCCGACCACUGCGCAUCCGCCCCAGCGCAGCGAUUUGCUGCUGAAGCCUCUUGCUUUGCCUGACCAAAGAAGCAGCGCAGACUUUAGACCCGCUCUUGGCUCCGUCCAGCUCCCUGAGGACACCACGAGAAGACCCCUGGUCCGGCGCGGGAGCCGGGUUACGCGGUGCCAGGAUGCCGGGCUCGGGCUGGCGGGUUCCUCCUGCCUCAAGCUGGGUCCGCGUCCGUCUCUGUGGGUGGGCUGUGACCGUCCAGCACGCUGGGUCCGGAUGGGCAUGGCAGAAAAGCGUGAAAACCUGGGAGAAGCCCUCACCGAUGGCGUGAGGUGUCCGGCCAGAUGUCCUUCCUCGGGCAGCCAGCGUGGUUCAAGGUGACCUGUGGUCCUUGAGGAGCAGCAUGUCCCUGUGGAUGGCCACCACGCUGGAGAAAGGUUGAGGUUCCCGUGCUGCCUGUCUGCUCCUCUGUGCCGACGGACUCCUUCCUGAAGGAAGGGGAAGAAAUGAUGAUUUUCCCUUUUGGAGAUGUGCAAGAAGUGUUCAUCAUGUUCGUUACGAAAGCUUUCUCGGUUAGGAAAGAAGCCCAUAAAUUGCGCUGUGCCAGACUUUGAGCCCAGUUUUGCCCGGACUUCUGUGGCUGCGCUCAUGUUACUGCACGGUGCAGUUGCUUAAACACUUUACAGGCCUGAAUGACAGUGCUGCCCUUGGACGGUCCCGGGGACACGGAUUGUGCCUGCCCCAAUUGCAGGCAUCAAACUGCAUCCUGAGUUAUUUGCACUAAGAAAAACAAAGUCAUUUAAAAAUAAAAGGAAUCCGUUAGUCUGAUCUCAUUCAUUUUCUACUUUACUUGGUUUUUAAAUUGGCAUGUCCUUUUUAAAUCCACCUUUACUAAGAUAGGGGGAAACUCUGUUUUGUUUCUCUUUAGGUUGUAAAUAUCACAUGUGCAUAGCAGAGAGGUGGGAUGCCUGAAUCUCAACUCCCUCUCAUCCUUCAGAUGUGAAAAAUGCAGCUUUUACAAUUGUUUUAAGUCAUAAAUGGUCAUGGGAGCAGCUUGUGUGCCGCUAUCGCCUGAUGUUAAGGUUCACCCGAUGCGAGUUGCUGGCAGAUGCUGAUGUAUGGGCUGAGGAACCCGUCCGGGCCCUGCCUGCGCGGGGACGGCUCACCGGGCAGAUGGGCGGACGGAUGGGACCUCGGUGCCGGUGAUGCUUGUUGUCACCUUGUUGGUGGCCACGGCUCAACUCCUCACCAUAUGCGAGUGAGGAGCUGUGCUUCCAGCAUGUCUGCCCUGAGCAAAGCUUUCUGCUUUCUCCUUUUUCUAGCUCAUCACGUGGACCUAGAGUUCAACCUGCAGACCUUGGCCAAUUCUCAACGUUUUAUUACUAAAACACGGUGCCUACAGAUCAAGUAUGCGAUGAAUACAAGGAAGAUGCGCUCUAUAUGCCAAAUCUAACCUUUCUCCUUAAAUACACACUUGCCGUCUUUUGUUUACAUAACCUCUCAAACGUGGGCACCGAGACGCAUAAUUCCUGUGAUUCCACACCAUUCCAAGCCCGGAUCGUCCCAAGCCUGACAACCUGCUUCUCGGUUUGUUUUGUGUUGUAUUCGACUUCUAGGGUCAAACUCUGUUCCUGGGAAGACUCACGGGGAGGUUUUGCCGCCGAUGUUGCGGACAGGGAACAGAAUGAAGCUUGCGAUGUCUUGCUAGAUAUGAACUGUCCUACUAAAGCCAUUUGCACGGGCUAAAUUCUGCAGCCUGUUGUAAGACAAGAGUCUUCUGCGAACCAAACCUUUUUCUUCCCAUUUACAAGUAUCCAGUAUCAGUAAGGAGUAAAUCAUUUGCCGUAGCUGUACAUUUAAACCCAAGGCACGUGUAAGCUGCUGAAACGUGAGUUGGGGUUAACAUGAAAUGUCCUGGAAUGCCGGCUCUUUUUGGAAAUGCUCGUUUUCCUGGACUCGGAUCUUCAGCUGCCUCAGCGGCGUAGUGCAGUUGUGCUGGGACAGCCUUGUACCGGCAGAAGUGCUGGUUGUCCUGGGUCAGAAACAGCAGAAGGGAGAUUUCUGGUGCUGCAGGUGCAUUGUGAAAUGAGAGGAAACGGGAGGCCAAAUCUGGAGCUAGAGGAGGAGAGGAAAGGUGGUGACGUUGGCUAUAAAGUACCAGCCAGCAGGACACGAGGGUGGCAGUAAUUUGACAGUAAUACUGUGAUUGUUGUUGCUAUAAAACAGUACAAGCUGCAGUGUUGCAGUGCUCUUUAGUGAGCUAAAAGGUCAGUACAGGCUUAUCGGUGGGAAAACUUGAAGGAAAAGGCUCGGGUUUUUGCUAAUAAUUCAUUGAAGUUUAAUCACUGGUUAGUGACUUUGAAAGAUAAGUCAUUAAGAUUCCCUCUAAAAGUUUUAUGUGAUAAUGGAGAAACUUGAUGUAGUCAUAGCUACUUUUCAAAAAAAAAGAAAAAAAACCUAAUCAUUAUUAUGAGAAUAUUAUAAAUGACUUGGAAUUGCAUAAAAGCUUAAAGUUGAAUUUGUAUACACACUUACAGUUGAAAACCAUACCUAAUAUUGCUCAAUUCAUGCAAUUUCCCAGCCAUGGAUUUUUUUUUUUUAAACACCAUGUAGUAUAUAGAAAGUGUAAAUUAUAUACAGGCAAUGAGAAGAUACAUUUUCAGCUUUUGCAAAAAAUGGACUGCAACCUUACAUUUUUUCACUUAAAUGCAAUUUUAUACAUUUAUGUUGCUUUAUAUAAAAGAGAUUGAAUGUGAAUGUUACCUUUUAUGAAUGCAACUUGCUCUUUUUUCAUUACAGAAACUUUUGUUUGAAGUAAUCAAUAAACUUUGGUAUGUUGUUCUGAUUAAUAUAUAAA